AUGGGAAAUAAACAGACUGUCUUCACGGCAAAGCAGCUGGACGCCUAUCAGGACUGUACAUAUUUUACAAGAAAGGAAAUUCUCAGACUCUUCCACCGCUAUCAUGAUUUGGCACCGCAGCUCGUUCCCCUUGACUACACCAACCAGCCAGAUGUGAAGCUCCCAUAUGAGCUGAUUGGCAGCAUGCCGGAGCUGAAGGACAAUCCAUUUCGUCAGAGGAUCGCUGAGGUUUUCUCGGAGGACGGAAAGGGAAACAUGACGCUGGAUGACUUCCUGGACAUGUUCUCUGUUCUGAGUGAGAUGGCGCCGCGGGACCUUAAGGCCUACUACGCGUUUAAGAUUUACGACUUCAACGACGACGACUUCAUCUGCAAGUCGGACCUGGAGAAGACGCUGAACAAACUGACCCGCAAUGAGCUGACAGAGGACGAGGUGCGCAUGGUGUGCGAGAAGGUGCUGGAUGAAGCAGACCUGGACAACGACGGGCGUCUGUCGCUGGAGGAUUUCGAGCACAUGAUCAUCCGAGCACCAGACUUCCUCAGCACCUUCCACAUAAGAAUAUAA